GAAAUAUUCCGUGACAACAUCCGCCCCUCCGCCGCUUCCUGACUACGGCUAGUACAAUCAAGCGGCGUUUUAUUAUGAAGUUAAUAUCAACGCCUGCUUAAAAAGACGACAGACUAUGAAUGAUUUACCUUAAAAGCGAAAACCAUGGCGAGGAUCGGCGACAUCAUUCAUCUUAACGUCGGGGGGAAGAGGUUCAGUACCUCCAGACAGACUCUGACAUGGGUUCCUGACUCGUUUUUCUCCAGUUUAUUAAGUGGACGGAUAUCAACACUUAAAGAUGAGACCGGAGCGAUAUUCAUCGACAGAGAUCCGUCUCUGUUUGCUCCCAUUCUCAACUUUCUGCGCACUAAAGAGCUCCACCCCAGGUCCAUAGACGUGCACUUACUAAUGCACGAGGCAGAGUUCUACGGGAUCACGCCGCUGGUGAGGAAGCUGCAGCUGUGUGAUGAGCUGGACCGCUCCUCCUGCGGGAACGUGCUGUUCAACGGAUACCUGCCUCCUCCGGUGUAUCCGGUGAAGCGCAGAAACAGGCACAGUGUGGCAGGACCCCAGUUCAUGGGGGGCCGCGCGGGGCCCGUGGAAAGGGCCCCUGUGAGGAGGAGCAACACAAUGCCUCCUAACCUGGGCAACUCUGGCAUUCUGGGUAAAGCCGUCAUAGAGGAGAGAGUCCCAGGUCCGGUCUCUGAUCCAGGCAUGGUCCGAAUCAUAUGUGGUCAUCAUAACUGGAUAGCUGUGGCUUAUGCCCAGUUUGUGGUGUGUUACAGGGUGAAGGAGUCGACUGGAUGGCAGCAGGUGUUCACCAGCCCUCGGCUGGACUGGGUGAUUGACCGAGUCGCUCUCAAUGCCAAAGUCAUGGGCGGUUCUCUAGGGGACAAUGAUAAGAUGGUGGCCGUUGCAUCGGGCACAGAGAUCAUACUGUGGGCCAUCUGUCCCGAUGGAAAUGGCAGUGAAAUCGGCGUGUUCAGUUUGAACGUGCCGGUGGAGGCUUUGUUCUUCGUUGGAAAUCAGCUCAUCGCCACCAGCCACACGGGAAAAGUGGGAGUGUGGAACGCUGUCACGAAACACUGGCAGAACCAGGAUGUGGUUCCUAUCAAUAGUUACGACACAGCCGGAUCUUUCCUCAUUUUGGGAUGCAACAAUGGAUCUAUUUACUAUAUCGAUGUCCAGAAGUUUCCGUUGCGGAUGAAGGAUAACGAUCUGUUGGUGACUGAGCUGUAUCGAGAUCCCAGCGAAGAUGCUAUCACUGCUCUGAGCGUCUACCUGACGCCCAAAACAAGUGACAGUGGGAACUGGAUCGAGAUUGCGUACGGCACUAGUUCAGGAACGGUGCGUGUCAUAGUGCAGCAUCCGGAGACCGUGGGGUCCGGUCCACAGCUCUUCCAGACCUUCUCCGUUCACCGCAGCCCUGUGACCAAGAUCAUGCUGUCUGAGAAACAUCUCAUCUCUGUGUGCGCAGACAACAACCACGUCCGCACCUGGACGGUGACCCGCUUCCGAGGCAUGAUCUCCACUCAGCCCGGCUCCACGCCCCUCACGUCCUUUAAGAUCCUCUCACUGGACGAUAUCGACGGCCACGGAGGCUGCGCUGCUGGCACCGAAAUAGGGCCGUACGGAGAGCGUGACGAGCAGCAGGUGUUCAUCCAGCGCGUGGUUCCCGACACCGAUAAACUCUACGUAAGGCUCUCCUCCAACGGAAAGAGGGUGUGUGAGCUGCGUUCGGUGGACGGGACGUCAAUCACGGCGUUUGUGGUGCACGAGUGUGAGGGGUCCAGCCGCAUCGGAUCCAGGCCCCGCCGGUACCUCUUCAGUGGACACGGCAACGGCAGCAUCCAGAUGUGGGACCUCACCACGGCGAUGGAGAUCGCAGGGAAAGUGGAUAUCAAAGCUCUGGGCGGUCCCACUGAAGAGGAGUUACUGGAGCUUUUAGACCAGUGUGAUCUGGCACUGACCCGGACACCAGACAUGAGUCCUGCAGCCUCCCUCACACACUCCUCACGCACCUCCAUGUGCAGCCUUCAGUCUCAGUUCAGUGAAAUGAGUCGAGCUGCCGUUGGUUUCCGGGGUCCGGUUCCUCUGACCGGCAGUCUGCCCCGUCAGGCCCCGCUGGUUCCCCUCAGCAAACCGCCGCACCUCGGCCUCAGCCAGUCGUCUCUGGCCAGCAGCGACGGCCUGGGCUCCAUCCGCAGGGGCAGCUUCGUGGAGCGCUGUCAGGAGAGAGCUAAGAGCUCGGACGCGGCCGGCCUGGACGGGGGCAGACGCAGCUUAGCCGUGUGCAACGAGCUGGAAGCCCGACUCGGCCUGAGAGCGCAGCCGCCGUUCUCCACACCUCCGUCCUCGUCCUCGGCGGCGGCCAUGAGGAGACCGGCUUCGGCAGCACCGAGUCCUGCUCCUUCACCCCUCAGUCCAGCCAGGUCACAGACGCCCUCGUCUCCGAGGCGACCCCUGACCUCUCCCACCGGCGAGAGCCCAUCCAAUGAGAGCGCACCCGGGCAAGAAAGCCCCGCCUCUGCAUCGUCCACCAGCCCCAAACCUCACAUGAAUGAAACCAGCUUCUGAGAGGAAAGUAGACACAGAAAAAAAAAAAAAUCGAAUUUUUUACCCGGCGACAGAAAUGCAGAAUUGAAAAGUGUUACACACAAGUAACUAUAUGCGUACUUCUUUUAGAGCAGUAUUCUUAAUAUCAGAACAUGCGCGCACACAAUUAUAAAUCGUUCAUUUCUGAGAAUAAGAUUGUAUCAGUUCUGAGCAUAAUUUAUGUAUGAUGUUAUUCGCGAAAACGGCAUGAUUUCGCAUUCUGAAUCAUGCCGAAACGUCGUAGCAUUUACAAAACGUUUCUUUUAGAACAGUGUCCUCGGUAUCACAGGGUGCCUUAUAAUACAGCGUCAAGACGUUAUGAAAGUAUGCAGAUGAGAGGGGGAAAAAAUCCCUUUCAACGAGGCUUCAAAAAAAAAACGUUGCGGAAAAAAGUACUUUUCGUUGGUACGUUUGUGGCAGAUUUAUCACGUAGGGGGAAAAAAUGACUGGCAUGUUAAAAUACUUCCCAAACUUAUGCAACUAAACGUCACUGGAAAGUCAAAACACUGGCUCUGAUGCUGUUCGAACUGGGAUGGGGCCGGGGCUGCGCGUUCAGCCAGCCAAUGACAGGAUAGGGGCGUGUCUCGCGCCGUCUUCUCGAGGCUGUGCUGUUUAGGGGCUGAUACCGCUGCACCGACAGGCUUACAAUCACUAGACUACUGUAUUUAUUACAGUAUAACGGUAGCAACUAAACCUAUGCUUGUUUUACAGAAAAUGCGCAUUAUAAAUGAAUAGGACCACUGCAUAUAUUAUGACAAUGAUAUUAAAAAUAUAUAUCGCUGUAAAGAAAACUUUAUGUGUGUACUAAGCGGUUUACAGGUGGUUCUUCUAGAACAAAAAUAAAUGAGCAUGUAAAAAAACAACAAAAAAACCCGAUGUAUGAUAUGAAGAGGAAGCCGGUGUCUGUAAUGCUGGCAACACACUGUAUAUUUAAUCAGCAAACGUUCCACACAGUUUGCAGUAAAACACACACGAGCACAGACUGAAGCUCAGCUGCCGCUUUCCGUUACGCCUCGGAGGACUGUUGUGUGUAAAUGCUGUCGGGGACCGGUGUGCCUUUGAGAUGGUAAACACGGGCUGUUACUACAGCGCAAACAACAAGUGUGUCUGAAUGUUCACUCUACUCAUAUCAUCUCUGUUCAGUAUUUUAUCUCGUUUAUGACAAGCUUGAAGGUUUGGUGGUUUUUUUACAUUAACGGUGUCAUUCAUAAAUAAAUCUGAAACUCUCUUUUUCCAUA